AUGACAUACCCAGCUGAGUUCAGAUAUCCUAACGGUGGGAACCAAGGACUGGAACAAACCCUGAGUCAAUUCCACAAUAAGGGCUUGAACAUUAGCAUCGAUGAAGGUGACAAUCGAGACAUUAGAAAUUCAAGAGAUAAAGAGACUAAUGAAGGUGAUCAAGCUUCUGGAGCCCUGAUUCCAAAGUCUCUUCUGUGGUCGGUGAUUAAUGGAGGUAAGCAUCCGAAUCAUGUACCACAGACUCCGGGGACAGUGCCAGACUCAAAUGGUAAAAGCCCCAGGACCGUAUCAGAUACGGCCAACUCAGCUCGUUCAGGUAGAGCCCAUUCGACUCGAUCAGGGUCAGAUGACUAUUAUGAUUUGGAAGCUGCAGCAGCAUUAGACCAUUCUCGUCGUUUUUCAGCCGGUGAUAUAUUUCGAGGCCCAUAUAAAGCAAAUUCAUCACUGCAAAGACCAUUUUUUCAAAGAUUUCUUAAUAACAAGUAUAGUGUGACCAAUCCAAAUUCCCCUUUUGAUUUACACCAUCAUCCAAACACUAGCUUUCUUGACACAUCUAGUGUUUGUUCAAUUGACAUUGAAGAACAACAAAGAAGAUUGGCUCAUAUCAAUAGUUUGAGACCACAAAAAUUGAUCGGUAAUUAUAAAAGCUUAGCUAAUUGGAUGGUUUCUUAUCGUAAUGAUGUUAAAUCAAUUAAAAAUAAAAAAUUAAGAAAAUUUUACGAAGAUCAAAAUCAUUUAAUCGAAAGAUUUACUGAAAUUGAUAAUUUUCUAGAUGCUGGUAAAAUUCAUUAUAAUAUGCUUAGUACUUAUGGAAAUCUUCAACAAAGAGGAUUUGACAUUUUAGAUCCUCAUGAUGAGACACCAGAAAAUAAUCAAAAUAUCCCUAAUGAACCAAACGAUGAAAGUUAUAAUACUCAUAAUUCUAAAAAAUCAAGGUUCCAUGAUUUACCAGGAAAUAUUACCGAAGGAGCAAAAUUCUUAGGAUAUGAUGAAAAAACUGACCAAAAUGAUGUUUAUAUCGCUAUAUUGGUUAAUUUCUUCAUUAAUUUUAUUCUAUUAAUUGGUAAGUUUAUUGUUUCUAUCUUGACCAAUUCCAUGUCAGUUGUUGCUUCAUUAGUUGAUUCCAUAUUAGAUUUCUUAUCAACUUUUAUAAUCUUUUUCGCUAAUAGACUAUCGACAGCUCAAAAUGCAAAAUCUCAACAUGCUUACCCAGUUGGGAGAUCUCGUUUAGAACCAUUAGGUGUUUUGAUCUUCUCGAUAAUCAUUAUAUUAGCAUUUUUCCAAGUUGGUCAAGAAUCGUUUAAAAGAUUGUUUUUAAGUGAUGCUGUUGAUCGUAAUGCAGUUAAAAUAGGCUGGGAUGCAGUUCUAAUCAUGACCAUUACAAUUAUCAGUAAAAUCUGUUGUUGGGUUUGGUGUUCUAGUAGUAAAUCAAGUUCUGUUCAAGCUUUGGCUCAGGAUGCAAUGACGGAUAUUAUUUUCAAUAUAGUUUCAUUGUUAAUGCCUAGUAUUGGUUUUAUUUUCAAUAUUUGGUGGUUAGAUCCUUUAGGUGCCUUGUUAUUAUCUAUUUAUAUUAUUGCAUCGUGGUCAGCCACUGCUUAUGAACAUAUUGAUAAUUUAACAGGUGCAGUUGCUGAUCCCCUAGAUUAUCAAGUUAUAUUAUAUUUAGCAUAUAGAUUUGCUGAGUCAAUUAAACAAAUUACUGCAUUAAAAGUCUAUCAUGUUGGUGAUAACGUUAAUGUUGAAAUUGAUGUUAUAUUCAAUUACGAAGAUUUAGAUUUAAACUUAAAAGAUUGCCAUGACAUUGCUGAAGCAUUACAAUAUUCCAUUGAAACAUUACCAAUGGUGGAAAGAGCAUUUGUUCACAUAGAAUACAUGGAAGGUAAUUUUAAGGGCCAUCUACAAUAA